AUGGACAGCAAUAAUAACUCAUCACUAGGCAUAAACCAAGCAAUAACAGAGGUGAGUUAUUUUUUUGACUCAAACUUUACCAUGGAUCAUUCCACAGACAUGUUCAAUUAUACAACACCAUUAGCUAGCACUGAAAUUCUAGCCACUUAUGGUACCAUAGCUAUCAAUGUUAUCGGUUUCCUGCUUAUUAUAUUGAUGAUAGUCUGUAUCUACAGAAUAUUCAGGGGCAUUCAUUCAUAUUGUGAACGGAAUGUGUCUUCAAUACGUCGUAGAGCUAGGAAUAUAAUUAACUGUCAUCAAGCUAAUCCGGCAAGUAGAAAUAGUUUACCUCAAUUUACAGUACAAUUAUCUGAUCCGCCACCUUCUUACGCUGAAGUAAUGGCAGGCCAGAACAUAACUUUGCCGGUAUUUAGUGGUGAUGAAGAGAAACCACCAGCAUACGAAACAUGCGUUCAAUAA